GGCCUCAACAUUUAUAUUUUUAUUUACAGAAUAUAUAUACGUAUGAAAAAGAUUUUCUUGUACUCCUAAAAAUAUUUUACUAAUAUUAAUAUUAAUAAAUCGGGCAAUUAAUGAAAGGGACCAUCUGACCACCAUUGAGAAAAAGUUAAAAGUAAAAAUGUCAAGUCACUCGCCGUCUCCUUCAUUUCCUUGAAUUAAACUUCCGAUUGGGAUUCCGAUUCCCUUCGGAUUAUCCGAAUUUCUACCAUAAUUGCCCUAAAUCACCCGUCGCCGAUGAAUUGUGAAUCCAUCGGCCUCGAUUCGUCGACUUGAUUCUGCUCUGUAUUGUAUUACCGUGUGAGAAGAGGAAUGCAGAGCCAGGUAGUGUGCAGCGGGUGCAGGAGUCUUCUAAUGUACCCGAGUGGGGCCACCAAUGUGUGUUGCGCCUUGUGUAAUUCUGUCACCACCAUCCCCCCUUCAGGAAUGGAAAUGGCCCAACUGAUAUGUGGAGGCUGCCGUACAUUAUUGAUGUAUACUCGGGGUGCUACCAGUGUGAGAUGCUCCUGUUGUCACACAGUGAACCUAGCACCAGCACCUAAUAUCGCUCACAUCAACUGUGGAAACUGUCACACGACACUCAUGUAUCCUUAUGGUGCUCCAUCUGUCAAAUGUGCUGUUUGUCAAUAUAUCACAAAUGUCAAUAUGGGAAAUGUUAGGGUCCCACUUCCCAUGCAUAGGCCAAUCGGACCUGCCUCUCCAGCACCGAUGCCUUCUGGUUCAUCGCCAUUACCCAAUCCCCAGAGCCAAACUGUCGUUGUGGAAAAUCCUAUGUCCGUUGACAAGAGCGGGAAACUGGUAAGCAAUGUUGUUGUCGGCAUAACGACGGACAAAAAGUGAGCCUGCAAGAAACCUUGGCUGGACCACUGAAUUAUCUCACUAACCAGGGAGUGCUUUGAAAUUGUUGGCAUUUUGGGUAUUGUUGAGGAGUGUGCAUAUUUGGCGGGAUUGUAUGUUAGUGGCGUUGCUGCUUUGCAGUUGGGCGCCUCUGUACUAUCAGUCAUUUGUGUGAUGUACAUUAAGAUAACAUAUGUGCAUAUAUAGUGUGUAUGUAGACAGCAAUCUAUUUCAUCUUUUGUGUGGAUAUAUUGUGGCCGUGGGAGCUCAUGGGAUGGGAGAGAUCAAAAGGAUAAAAUUUUCAUUAUGUGUUUUGUCAUUUGAGUAAAAUAUGAAACUUCUCUGGCGUAAA